AUGGCGGGAUGCCUGUGGCCAUGUGCGACACCGGAGGUUGCUGGGGUUGGGGCCGGGCACAAGAAAGGUGGCUUGUUCCGCACCAAGCCUAGAACUCCUCCGGAGGUGGUGCAGUACGUUGCCGAGCUACUCACCUACAUCCUCAACCACAAAGAAGGUUUCAGCGGCGGCAAGCGCGACUCCAAGCUUGAGCACAAGACGAUAGAACUGAGCAAAAGUAUCAAGGAGAUGAAAGCCAUUCUCUACGGUAAUGGUGAAGAAGAUCCUUGCGAUGAAGCUUGCAAGCAAUUGACUAAGGAGUUUUUCAAGAAGAACAAUGACAUCUUUCGUCAUAUAAUUAUUUUCCUUCCACACUUGGACUUGGAAACACAAAAGGAUGUUACUCAAGUAAUUGCAAAUUUGCAAAGGCAAAGGGUUGAUUCAAGAUUGGUUGCCUCUGAGUACUUGGAAGCUAACUCGGAUCUUCUAGAUAUUUUGAUGUCUCGGUACAAUAAUGUGGACAUUGCAAUACAUUAUAGUACUCUCUUAAGAGAUUGCAUACGCCACCAAGUUGCGGCAAGGUACGUUUUGGAAUCUAAGCAUUUCAGGAGUUUCUUUGAUUAUAUACAGUUUCCAGACUUUAAUGUGCAAUCAGAUGUCUUUAAAACUUUUAAAGAACUCAUAACACGGCACAAAUCAACUGUUGCAGAUUUCUUUUCCAAGAAUUAUGAUUGGUUCUUUGCGGAAUUCAACUCGAAAUUGAUAUUACCUGCUUCCAACUAUAUAAUCCGAAGGCAAGCUAUUCAGCUCUUGCGAGACAUUCUUCUAGAAAGGUCAAAUGCAGCAGUAAUGGUGCGCUAUGUUAGUUCAAAAGAGAACCUCAUGAUUCUAAUGAACCUUCUAAGAGAUCAAAGCAAAGCUAUUCAAGUAGAGGCUUUCCAUGUCUUCAAGUUGUUCGUCCUCAACAAGGAAAAGCCACCUGAGAUCUCCGCUAUACUGCACACUAACAGAAACAAGCUCCUGAGGUUCUUGAAAGACUUCACUGUUGACAAAGAGGAUAAGAAGUUCGAGGCCGAUAAAGGCAGGGUCAUCUCAGAUAUCCUAACGCUGGCAUUGAAAAGCAGAUAG